AUGUGUAUCCUCGUGGUUGACGUUUUCCCUCGAUGCGGACACAAGCUCAUGACGAGAGUGUCUUGCGAAUUCAAUAAUCCGGGUUGCUGCGAUAAACCAGGCAUUUCGGCUGCCGAUUACGAAGGCAAAUGUGAAUUGUGCCGGGCAAAAGAUCGCAAAGCCUUCAUCAAAAAGCAAGCCGAGGGAAAACGAAAGAGGAAGGCAACAUAUUCAAAGCUAAAGGAGGCAGUUGGAGAAGCCACCACGAUCAAUACGACCAUUCGUGAAGUCAAGAAGAACACAGAUUCCGAAAUCUCCGACGGCGGCAGCACAGCAGUGGCAACCCCAGAAGAGACGGCCCCCGGAGCGAAGCUUCUCGGAUUCCCAACCCCAAAUCUCCCAUACGGCGAGUCUACGAGCCCUCCAAUAAGAGUAGAGAACGAGGACGGAACCUUUUCCUACGAGAAGUGGAAAUUUCUCGAAAGCGCCAAAGAGGCUGGGCAGAUCACAGAGAAGCAAAGGACAGGCGAAGCUGGCAUCGGAAGUUGGGUCCCCAUCAAAUGGGUUGCAGUCAACUCGAGGGGUGGAAAUGGAGAUAACACAGAUUCAGCGACUGAUGGCGUUGCUUCAGAUGAAGAUGCUAAGACUGGGUCAACUCGAAAACACACAACGACACAGAAACACCCCACUCGAAAACACAACCACGCGAAGACAUUCAUCAUGUGUACUUGCAUCGCUUGGACGAAUGUGGCCACAAGCACCUCGCUCGGACUACCCCAUGCUACAGACGAAACUUCUACCUCUGCGAUGAUGCACAAAUUACGGUUAAGAAAUGCUUUUACGAUUGUGAUGAUUGCGUUGAACGGGAGAAGCAUAAACAAUACACUCUUUGCUAUCGAAAUUGAAAUUCGAGGCCACACCCUGUGA